AUGUUAGCAAAUUCCCCCGGCAGAUUGAUUGUUGCCGAGGACGGAAGCCAGCGUUACUUUGGAUCAUCCAGCAACAUAGCCAUGCUUCACGAUUGGUCUUCCUCGAUGUUCCGCCCGAGCAUUCGCUGUGUGCUCAAGGACGGAAACCAUGCCAUCCAGCAGGCCGGUCUUGAAUGGCCAGAUGAUCCAGAACAAGAAGAGUGGCUUACCAAGCAGUAUUUUACCUGGCACAAUCCACUUAGCCACGAGGUCAUCGAACAUGACUACAUGGCAGCAAAGGCAGCUUUCAACUCAGGUGAAGCGACCGAGCUCUAUUCACCUGCGUUGCGAAAUGCAAUCCUAGCACUAGGUGCAUGCUACAGCCAGCAGAAUGGCGCUCAUGCUUCACUCAAGCACCAAGAGCCGGCCGAGUUCUUCGCUCUACGUGCAAGGGUAUACCUAGACGUGGAAAUGGACUCCCCAUGCCUCGCCACUGCCCAAUCGACGCUACUGCUUGCAGCCUACGAAUUCGGACGUGGGCUAGACUCCAGAGGAUGGGUUUAUGCCGGAAUGAAUAUUCACCUUCUCAUUGACUUGGGUCUCUGCCCUGACUUGUCCCGUGGUCAGCGCGUAGCUGGCCCAGGAUAUCAGUCGGAUGCCCUCCAACGGUCUCGGAGCGAGCUCUUUCGGGCGAGCUUUUCAUCCAACAUGUUAUGGGCCAUGUACACGGGAAGACCGUCGUUGUUGAGCAAACUGGCCGUGGACCGUGGGAAUAAGCACAUUUUGACGAAAACAGACGAGCUGCUGUGGGAAAAUUUUCAGCGCCAGGGACUGGAUUCAUUAAGAGAUCUGGAAGCGCAGUCCAGGGCAAUGGGUAUUCCCCACUACCUGUAUCAGCUUCUGAGAAUCAUGGAAGCUAUUCGAGCAUCCCCGCAGCAUGGAAUGCGAGAUGCAGAUGAUACUACCCCUGAAAUUUUCAUCAAUACCAUGAGCAAAGUCCUCGAUGACUGGAUGACUUCGCUACCAAAGCCCUUGAGAGUCGACACGGUAGAGAUGGAUCACGAUCAGGAAAUUGCAACAUCUAAACAUGCUUCUGCGAUCUUACUGCUCCAUAUGCAAUAUCACCUAGCACGAAUCCUGCUCUACCGUCCCUUCCUGUGCGUCGUGGUUCCAGACAAUAUUCAGACCGCUAGCGACUACCUUGAAGGCAAUAUGGCGCGACAAGUUUGCACCGAGUCCGCCGCCGACAUCUGCUGUCUUCUUAACUUAUACCGACGACAAUUCACUCUACGUUCGCCUCACAUUCAACUCAUACCCAUUGUCACCACUGCAGGCAUGAUCCAAGCCUCUCACAGUUACAUGCCUUCUCCGAGAUCAGGAACGCCAGACACGCGACCAUGGCGCAGCAGCCGACCCGAAAGGACAGUACAGGAGGAUGUUCUCUUGUGCAUUCAAGCUCUGGCUGAGAUAGGGCAGACCUUUAAAGCUAGCAUCCGUGGAAUCGAGAUCAUAACAUCACUCAGACGUGGGUUAUAG